AUGGAGAAGACCGCACGCGCGCUGUCGUCAUCUACUACCGCCUCCGCGGAGGACGCCUACCACGAGGUCGCCGUCGCUGCAGCCUCAACGGAUGCCACCUACCAGGAGGUCACCGUCGCUGCAGCCUCCGCGGAGGAUGCCUACCAUGAGGUCACCAUCGCCGCCUCCGCCUCCGCGGAGGCCGCCUACCAGGAGGUCGCCGUCGCCGCCUCCUCCCUCCAUGAGAUCGCCAUCUCCUCCGUCCAGCAGGAGGUUCUCCAUGCGGUCCAGCCCCAGCCCUGA